CCAUCAAACUCAAAUACAAGGCAACAAUGGGAACCAAAGCCGAAGAGCACAUCUUCCGCAGCCAUUACCCGCCAGUCCCAGUGCCCGAUGACGUGACAUUGCCAGAAUUUGUGUUGGAAGGUGCUGAAUUAUACGCGGACAAGGUAGCAUUUGUCGAAGCAGUGACCGGAAAGGCAUAUACCUAUGGCGAGGUCAAUAGGGACACAAGGCGGUUUGCCAAGGCCUUAAGGUCACUUGGUCUUAGGAAGGGACAUGUUGUGAUUGUGGUGCUCCCUAAUGUUGCAGAGUAUGCAAUUGUUGCUCUCGGAAUCAUGACUGCCGGCGGUGUGUUUUCCGGUGCAAAUCCAGCAGGACAUGCGUCCGAGAUAAAGAAGCAAGCAGAGGCUGCAAAUGCCAAGCUCAUAAUCACCAAUGGUCCUCACUAUGAAAAGGUGAGAAAUCUAGAGAUUCCGGUGAUUGUCCUAGGCGAACGAAUUGAGGGUGUUACAAAUUGGGAGGAGUUGCUCGAAGCAGCAGACCGCGCUGGUACGACAGAGGUUACCAAGGAAAAGAUCCUCCAAACCGAUUUAUGUGCGUUACCAUUUUCAUCAGGCACAACAGGAACAUCAAAAGGCGUAAUGCUUACUCAUAGAAAUUUAGUGGCAAAUUUGUGUUCUACCCUUUUCAGUGUAGGACCGGAAAUGAUCGGUCAAGUAACUACAUUAGGCUUGAUGCCCUUCUUUCACAUAUAUGGCACGGUCGGAAUAUGUUGUGCCACUGUUCGGAAUAAAGGCAAAGUUGUGGUGAUGAAUAGGUUUGAACUUAGGACCUUCAUGAACGCAUUGAUAUCCCAGGAGGUCACAUUUGCCCCCCUUGUGCCGCCAAUAAUCUUGCAAUUAGUGAAUAACCCCAUCGUGGAGGAAUUUGAUUUAACCAAGCUCAAACUCAGGGCCAUCAUGACUGCAGCUGCUCCUCUUGCUCCAGAGCUAUUAAAGGCCUUCCAAAACAAGUUUCCUGGUGUUCAAGUUCAAGAGGCUUAUGGACUUACUGAGCAUAGUUGCAUCACACUCACCCACGGCGACCCACGACUGGAACAUGCCAUUGCAAAGAAAAAUUCAGUCGGAUUCAUUCUUCCCAAUUUGGAGAUCAAGUUCAUCGAUCCCAACACCAAGCGAUCUCUCCCGAAGAACACACCUGGUGAAGUUUGUGUCAGAAGCCAAUGUGUAAUGCAAGGUUACUUCAAGAAUGAAGAGGAGACUGCUCAGACCAUUGACGAGAACGGCUGGCUACACACGGGCGACAUUGGAUACAUAGACGAUGAUGGAGAUAUCUUUAUUGUCGAUAGGAUUAAAGAAUUAAUCAAGUACAAGGGUUUUCAAGUUGCUCCUGCAGAGCUAGAGGCUACUCUUCUCACUCAUCCCUCAGUAGAAGAUGCAGCAGUUAUUUCGCUACCUGACGAGGAGGCCGGAGAAAUCCCGGCUGCAUGUGUGGUGAUGAAUCGGAGUGCCAAAGAGAGUGAAGAAGACAUUAUCAAUUAUGUAGCAGCCAAUGUGGCAAAUUACAAGAGAGUGAGGAUGGUGCGCUUUGUGGACAGCAUCCCAAAAUCAUCUUCGGGAAAAAUCAUGAGAAGGCUUCUUAAAGAUAUGAUGUUAGAGAAAAUGAGGACAAGCUCCGCCAAUUGCAACAUUAAUGUCUGAAGAAUUACAUUCCAAGUACAAUAAAGUUUUAGUCUCAAA